AUGAAAAGAAGUGUUAAAGGAUUACUCUUAAUUUAUCUGUUAACUUUUUUAGAGACAUACUUUUGUCUUUCCUUCUUUAAUUCAAGCGUUUUUCCUCGAGAAUUCACUAAAGCUGUGGAGAAACACCUGUAUGAGGAUUAUGGAGAUAGAGAUGUGGCAGUUUUUAGAGAAAUAAUAAGAAAUUACAAAAAUGAGGAUACACAUUUGACACACGCAGAGGAAGAAGAUUUAAAGGUCGCAAUGAAGAAAUAUGCAGGAAGUAGGUUCAUCCAAGAAUAUGAAAAUUUAAUGGACGAAAAUUCGAAAGACUCAAAAAAGAUUUUAGCAAAGUCUAUGGUUAAUUUAAUUAAGCAGCAAUUUAUUAAAUUAAAAGAAAUUGAAGCCGAGUAUAUUACUCCAAAUUUUGAUCAGUACAAGCAAGUCACAGAAUUAAAAUCUGAACUAUUGGCGUUAAACGCAGAUACACCGUGUAAUAGCGAAUCCGAGUGUAAAAAAUUGGAGAACAUGAUGAACAUAUGCACCUACGUUCGUGGUGGAGCCGAUUUUGCAUAUGAUAUUUUUUUGGUGACAACACAUGUCGUAACUAGUAUGAUGGCCGUUCUAUGUGCUUGUAUUUUUAUUGGCCCCGUACAUGUUUGUGCUUUGAAGAAUUUCCCGUACACGUGCAAACUGCCAUAUCCUGUCUUUUCGACCUUGUUUAUGGCUACAUCAGCCGUUUGGGAAGUGGUGAAAGCUGCCACGGCAUUGUGCAGGGUGUACGGAGAUUUAUCAAUAAUGUCCAAAAUGGCAUGA